CCGCUUCCGCUAGUAAAUCUCCCCACAAUGCAAUUUACCAUCAUGGAGGACUUUGCCGGAAGUUAAAUGUGAAAACUUUUCUAGUAUCUGAAAAAUGUCUUUGAGACAUUUAAAGCAGCUCUCGAAGUCACUCAUUCUUACACAUAUUGGCCCAAAACCGUUAGCAACACCAAAAAGGAGUAACAUUGUCCUAAACAUCGGACAAAAUCUUUCUUAUCCCAAUACACCAUGUCUCAUACCAAACAGAACUAAAUCAACAACAGGUGGAUCAUCUGUUAAAAGAAAGCCACUAAGUUUUGAUUAUUCAGGUGAUUUAGUUACAAGAUCUUCUCUACAAGAAUCUGAUACAUUAAAUAUAUUCAAAGAUGUCACUGAAUUAGAAAAUGCUCCUGAAAAUGUGAAGAGAAUAUGUAGUAUAGAAAUGGCAUCAGGGGCAGAAAUUAAAAAACAUCGCAUAGAAGAAAUGUCUAACAGAUUAGAACAGUUAUUUGGUAAAGAUUGUCAUAGGGAACAAAUGAUUGGUAAAUUAACUGUUGAAAUAAGAAGUUUAAUAUCACAUUGUCUUCAGUUCAGAUCGGACAAGCGAAGCAAGUCCAUUUUGGUUGAAAAAAUACAAAAGAGAAAGAAGUAUAUGAAAUUUUUACGUCGAGAAGAUUAUGAGAGAUUUGAAUGGUUGUUAGAUGAAUUGAAAAUUAAAUAUAUACCCCCUCCAGCUUAUUAUAAAUUUGUAAGCAAGAGACAGAAGCGAAAAAUUGAAGUUAAGGAUGCAGCAUAUACUGUUCGACAAAGUAAGAUUGAUGCUUUGAAGAAAAAACUAGAAGCAGAAAAGGAAGCAUUUAUGCAAGAAAAAGAGGAAAUUUUAGCAGAAAUUCAAAAGGAAGCAGAAAAAUAUAAACUUGAUCCAGAAAUUUUCAAACAAUCUUUAAUUAGAGAACGUGAAAAAAGUAAACGGUAUGUUCUGGCCAAAGAUCUCUGGACUGCAGACGAAGAAUAUAACUAGUUUAAAGACUUUAUAUUGAAUAGUGCUAGACAGUGUAGACUUUGAUAGUUGCUUGAUUUUUGUGAAGUACAUUAAAAGCUUUUUAUAACAUAA